AGAGGGAUAGAAACAUUAAUGAUGAGAGAGAAUCAUCCACUGAGCCACACUGGCUGGGCUGUCAAUGGUUAUUUAGACCAUAGGUGACCUGUUGUGUGGUAUCAGCAUUUUCCUUGUGGCAGUGUUACGACAAAGCAGGAAAACAGGGUAAUAGAUAUCAAGGGUUUCUUUCAGAAAUUCAGUUAAUCCAGGUAGUUAUUGCCAAAAUUCGGUAACUUAGAAUAACAGCAACUUCUGCUCAUGAAUCUACAGAGGCAGCUAAUGUAGCUUCGCAUGUACUGUGUAUCAGUAUGCCCUGGACUGUUUCACAUGCCUCUCACCCUCUGUGGACAAGGAUGGCACGGACGACAUUCAUAAACAUAUUUCAAUGUUUGCGUCAUGCUGUCAGUUCCCUGUGGCCUAUCUGAGAGCAGCAGUGGCUCCGGCCAGCAGCAGCUGUGCGGCCUCUCCCAAAGGCAGCGUUUCUGCUGUCGGCUCAUCCGCUUGCUCUGUACACUCACCUGAGCAGGUAGGUCUGCACGCACUCACCCGACAGCCACGCAAACUGCAAAGACAGGGAGAAUGCUCAGGAGCAUAAGACUUAUCAACGGUUUGGUACUUAUUCACAUAUUAAUUUUAGGAUUAUUUAAUGCGAAUACUAACGAAGGUUCUUUAAGUUUAGUUAGUUAAUACCUGCUUUAGUAAGAGAAGCUAAAAAAUGGUUAAAUAUUUUAAAUAGCUUGCUUUACACAUGCUUUUUAAGAUGUCAGGCUUUUAUGAAAACUUUACCUAUGGAAAGUUGGGAAAUUUGGUAAGCUGAAAUACGAUUUUUUAAAAAAAUUAUCUUUAUUGUUGAAAGUAUUGCAGAUGUCCCCUUUUGAAAUAUGAUUUUUAAAACCUCCUUUUCUUGUACAUGAAAAAGGAAAUUCCAUGUUGUGUACUUGGCUAGUUUUAGCGUAAUAAAAGGAGUCUUCCUAGAGAUUUUUGUAGGUUUUGAAAUUAAAAUGUAUCGUGUUGUUACUAUAUUCUAAAUUACAAAACUAAAAUCUGGUUUGCACAACUAUUAUUUGGUAAUAAUCUUGGCACAUUUCUGAAUGACUUCACACGUUAGUGUGCGUGUGUCUAUACAUGCCACAUAUUAGAUGAAUUAACUUAAGAAUCUUUCAGUUACGAUUAUUGAAAUCUGAUACGUAUUAUCUUAUCACGUACACACAGAAACACGUGCAGGCAUAGUCUAUUGACCACAAUACUGCUGUGGAUUGUUUCCCUCUUAUCCAUGGGACUAUGGUGAUGGAUAAGCAAACAAAUGGAUUUUCCACGUUUCCUGUUUCUUCAGGAUGGAAACAGUUUGCUUCCAGGGAUGUCUUACCCCGAGAAUCACGACCUAAACAUUUGGAAAUUCUGUCUUCCCUGCUUCUUGUCUCUUUCUUUCUCUUACAAUUAGUAUUUUAAUAAAAAUUAUUGGAUAAAUUUCAGAGCUACAAACAUAUUUUAGGAAUAAAAUUAUUACCAAGUCCUAAUUUGUUUCCAAAUUUAUAGGGUAGAACAAAUUUGUGUGGGCUUAGCUCAGAAAUUUAACAAAAGUAUGAUUUUAAUAUGAAGGUAAAAAUAACUCAUAGAAAGAAUUAUAUAAGCAAAAGAAGCACAAAUAAUAUAAGUAUAUUAAUAAUUAUUUAACAAUACUUUUUAAAAGUUUCACUUGAAACAAUUCAUAUACAAUACAAUUGAUUUUAUUAAAUAUAUUUUUUCUGAUUAUGAAAGUGAAACAUUCUCAUAGUAGAAAAUGUGGAAGAUGUAGAAAUGAUAGAGAAGAAAGCAAAACUCGCACAUUAUUUCACCACCCAGGAAAAAUUAUUGCAAAAAUUUGAUAUUAUCUUUGUUGUAAUUUUUUGUUUUAAUCUCAGUAUCUCUGAGUAAACAAUAUUGAGAAUUUGGAGCAUGCCAUUCCAUACCUAUUUUCUAUGUGUGCAUGUGUAUGUGUGUUUGUGUGUUGCUAGAGAACUUUACAAAAUUAAAUUUUUGCUAGGCAUCAUGUGAUCUAGUUGGGAAGUUGAACUCAUAAGUCCCUUACCAACCCUGAUAACAACUGGGAUUUAGUGAGAUAGUUGAGAAUUUAAAUUCCAGGUUAAAAUUUAGUGUUUUGUCAAAAAUGUAUUAUUUUUAUUUCAAAAAUCCUUAUUUAACAAGCAUUGCAUCGUGUCAUAUGAUUAUAAUCAUUUUUUAAUUUAAACUAAAAUUUUAAUUCACUGAUGUUCCUUUUAUUCACCUCUUACUACCUAAAAAACGUUGGUUUGAUUUUUUUUUAUUGUUAGAGUAUUUCCUAGUGUUUCUCAGAAGAUGGUCAUCAAUAUAUAUUUGUUGUCUUUUUUUUUUUUACCUUCAUUUGGUUACUGUUUGGCUAAAUAUAGGAUUGUUGAAUUGCUAUACAAUUUCCUUAAUUGUUUCUAAGCUCCUUAGAGCCCCCUGGCUUCCAUAAUUACAGAUGCAAAGUCCUUUGCUAACCUGACCCUUUUUCCUUUUUCCUUUUUAAACUGUCUUGUUGAGGCAUAAUUGAUAUGCAAAGAACUGCCCGUAUUUAAUGUGUACAAUGUGAUGAGUUGGACCUAUGCAAACACCACCACCACCACAAUCAAGGAAUUUAUAUCCAGAUGCCCAUGAGGAUUUAUCCUUUAUCUUUGGAAUUUAGAGCCAGGCAAAGUGUAUGUACCCCAAUUUUUAUUGAUCCCAAGGAGAACAGAAAUGAGCUCAUGAAUUCCUCAGUUCAUUUGUUCAUUCAAUCCAUCUUUUAUUCAAUUUUGAAUGUUCUAGACAUUUUCCAGGCCCUGAGGCUAUAGCAGUGAAUAAAAGACAGUUCAUUUCCUUAUAACUUACUACCUCUGUUUAAUUUUUAUCGUAUUGUUUUUUUCCUUGUUCCCCUUUCCCCUCUCCUUUCCCUCGGCCUAUAGUGACACUCAAGAACGCAUCUUUUUAUAUUAAUUUAAACAUGUGUGUAUUCUUGAAAAAGCUUUGUGAUGUUUCUUAUACAUUCCUUUAAUAUGCCCUUAACAUUCCCAAUGGAUGUUUACUUAUUUGAUUAACACGCAUAUAAGGUGCUAUUUUACAAAUAUUAACUUAUUCCAGCCUCAGAAAAGCCCAGGAAAUAGCUUAUUUUUCCACAUGAGGAAACUACAGCCUCAAGAGGUGGGCAGCAUGUCCAAGGCCGCAGAAUUAGCGAGUGGCCCAGCCCAGACUGGAACAGAGGCAGCUGGGCACAAGGGCCGUACUGUUCAGCACACAGCUCCAACCUGCAAGUUCAAAACUGAACUCCUGACUUCCUCCUGCUUCUUGUCCUUCUCCAACCACCAUCUUUCCCAUCUCAGUAAAUGGGACGCCACCGUACAAGCUGUUCAAACCAAAAGCCUUGCUAUUUCCCUUGACAACAUUCUCCCAACCCACGUUCAAUCUAUCGUCAAAAUCCAGCCUGCUGUGUAUCAGAACAUAUCCCACCUGACCGCCACGCUCCACGGCCACAGCUGCUGCCCUGGCCCAAACCACCAUCUUCACCCCCAGGUUUUUGGGAUAGAUAUAUGGGAAUAAAAGGUGGAACUGUAACCUGAUUGUGGAUUUCAAAGGAAGAGUCAACACACAAAGGAAAAAAUAAACUAGUGGCUAGCCUCCAGGAGCGAUGUCCUUUUGCCAUAAUAUAGUUAAUAUUUCCUGUGUGAACAGCAGCUGGUCAAAUGAUGUCCGUGCUUCCCUAUACAGUUUAAUGGUGCUCAUCAUUCUGACCACAGUGGUUGGCAAUCUGAUAGUUAUUAUUUCCAUCUCACACUUCAAGCAACUUCAUACCCCAACUAAUUGGCUCAUUCAUUCCAUGGCUACAGUGGACUUCCUGCUGGGGUGCUUGGUCAUGCCUUACAGCAUGGUGAGGUCUGUUGAGCACUGCUGGCCUUUUGGGGAAGUCUUCUGUAAGAUCCACACCAGCACUGAUAUCAUGCUCAGCUCAGCAUCCAUUUUCCACUUGUCCUUCAUUUCCAUUGACCGAUACUAUGCUGUGUGUGACCCGUUGAGAUACAAAGCCAAGAUCAGUAUCUUGGUUAUUUUUGUGAUGAUCUUCAUCAGCUGGAGCAUCCCUGCUCUUUUUGCAUUUGGAAUGAUCUUUCUGGGGCUAAACUUCAAAGGCGCUGAACAGAUGUAUUACAAACACGCUCAUUGUUCAGGGGGCUGUUCUGUCUUCUUUAGCAAAACACCCGGGGUUCUGGCCUUUAUGACUUCUUUCUAUAUACCUGGAUCUAUUAUGUUGUAUGUCUAUUAUAGAAUAUAUUUCAUAGCUAAAGGGCAGGCAAGAUCGAUUAACAAUGCAAAUCAGAAGCUUCAAAUUGGAUUGGAAGAGAAAAAUGGAAUUUCACGGAACAAAGAACGAAAAGCUGCAAAGACUUUAGGGAUUGUGAUGGGGGUUUUCCUCAUAUGCUGGUGUCCUUUCUUUGUCUGCACAGUCAUGGAUCCUUUCCUGGACUAUACUAUCCCACCCCCCUUGAAUGAUGCAUUGAUUUGGUUUGGCUACUUGAACUCUACUUUUAAUCCAAUGAUUUAUGCAUUUUUCUAUCCCUGGUUCAGAAGAGCGUUGAAGAUGAUUCUAUUUGGUAAAAUUUUCCAAAAAGAUUCAUCUAGGUGUCAAUUAUUUUUAGAAUCAAAUCCAUAGAAUUACAAUACUUUACUGUUUUGCAAAACAGCUGGUGGUGAUAUUUAUGAACACGGCGUAACCAACUUCAUGCAUCAACUGCCUGGUCUUUAAGUCAGUUACUUGAUUUAAAGAAUGUAUAAUGAGAUAGGAUGAUUAUAUCUUGCUUCCUACUUGGGAUGUAGUACAUAUGAUCUUUGCCAUUCUUACCAUACAUAUGAAGCUUUGCAAGUCCAGAAUGUAAGGUACUACAUUUAAAAAAACUUUUCCUGUUUUUUCAAGUACCAUCAUGGAAUUGAAAGUGGUCCUCUCCUCAGUUAUUCAGUGGUAGAAACCAUAGGCUACAUUGGAAAUGCAAAUUAGAGUACUUUGUCACAUAUUUGCUUGAAUAUGUAUGGUUGUGUUGUUGUUAUUGUUGUUUUUUAGUAAAAUUACAC